UUCAAGAAUACCAGGGCAAGGGAAAAUAACGUCACUACCACUAGAUGGCGUUAGCACACUACGACCUUCUCAGAGUUCCAGACCCUGCAAACCAACGCUACCGCUAGAUGGCGUUAACACACCACGACCAUCUCAAGGUUCAAGACCCUACAAACCAACGGUGACUGAUGACGUGAACAAAAUGAAAAUUCGCAAUUUGUGGUGGACGAAAAUACAACUGAUGAAACAUCGCUCAUGCCAAAAUAAACCUGGAGUAAAAGAGGAAAACAACGAAGAUGAUGGAAUACCUGAACAAGAAAAAAGGAACAGACCAAGCUUAAAGAAAUGGAUUCCAGAGAAAGGAAAUUCCAUCAACAUCUCUCCAACCAAAAAUGCUACUAUACCUGUACGACAGACGAAUGGUAAACCAAGUAAACACACCACAAAUUCUGGCAUAAAACGGAGGGGCAAAACCAGUAAAAGGGUGAAAGGUAAAGAAAAAACCGAUAGUAAAUGCAUUUUGGAAAAGAAAAAAGCUACAAAUGCCACACAAAAGGCGAGAGGCAAACGGAUGAGAAAUGCAAAAAUAUCUGAAGAUGAAAAUGGAAAAGGAUGCAAAGACAAAGUCUUAAUUUUUUCCAAAAACCGAAAUUCUAUAAAAUCUGGACAGAGAGCUAGAGGCAAAGCAAACAAAAAUUCUGCAAAAUCUGGAAACAAAAACAAAGAAAGAGUCAGCAUCAAAGGAAAAGCCCAAAAUAUUCCCGAUAGCAAAGACGUUACAGAUUCCGGACAGCAGACAAGCGUCGCGCCAAGAAAUGCUGAUAGAAAACCUGGCUUACGAGGGGGAGUAAGAGGUGUGGAACAAAUCGUUAGAAUUACAGAAACCAAUGCUGGACACAGCAAGAAAGGCGAACCAUACUAUCCGGGACAGAAUGAAGGUAAUUUGGCUACACCGGGAGAACGGUCUCCUAGAAAAGACAGUGCAUGAUAACAAGUUCUCAACAGUGUGAGAGAUGCGAUAUCAAAGACGGGAUUUUCGCUUGUGAAAAGUCUGAAAAUCCAAUAUAAAAUGAUGGUUUGAUUUUGAUAUUGAUCACAUGUUGAUUAAGAUUGAUUUGAUUUGACCUUGC